AUGAGGAACUCUGAUGAGACGGGACUCAAAUGUCAGAAUUGUCAACUUCCCUUAGAGAUUGACAGUUCCCUAUUGGAUUUAAGUUUGGCUCAGAGGGAUAUGUUAGUUAACUUCAGCAAUGACUACAACCCAAAUAAUUACAACAUUCCUACUGACAGGUUGCAUAGAUUAAACAAAGUAGUUUCACCAACAGAAUUGAAUAUCCAGAACUCCAUACUAGAUUCUUAUGUGUUCUUACAAGAUGGUUCUCACGAUGAACACCCCUCGAGUCAAAGAUCACUCGACGCUUCUUCGCAAACUACAUUUCGUGAAGAGGAUUCUGGUGAUGAGCCUGAUGAUAACCAACCAUCUUCUCCUACGGCUAGAACCCUUUCCACACAAGUUACGGCGCUUGCCAAUGUAUUUAACGUACUAUCAUCCAAGACUAAUAUCGACUACCCUGUAUGUCAGGACUGUUGCAAUAUACUGAUCCAACGUUUACAGAGUGAGUAUGAUGAUGCAACAAAGGAAAGAGAUACUUAUACCCAAUUUCUAUCAAGAAUUGAGAAACAGAAACAACUAUCAUCUUCGGAUUCGCCGGAUAUAACUUCAGAGGAGAUCAAUCAAUUGAAAUUGGAAAGGGAGAAGCUGUUCAAAGAGUUAUUACAGUUGGAGCAUCAGGACGAAGAACUGGACCAAGAGAUUAUAAGCUUACAGUCUAAUUUGAAAGACAAAAUUCAACAUGAGAAUGAAGACUUGAGGAAAAAGAACAUUGAAGAUUUAGAGCAAUUGGAAUUCUCUAAAGAGGUACGUUCGUUGAAGAACCAGCACGAGCUUACAUUGAAUAACCUUGAUAAACUGCGCAAAGUUAAUAUUUACAACGAGACGUUUAAGAUAUCCCAUGAAGGUCCUUUUGGUGUCAUCAAUGGACUAAGAAUUGGCGGCUUUGACAAUACGACAGUUCCUUGGCAUGAAAUAAACGCUGGUUUAGGCCAAGUAGUUCUUCUGCUGGCGACCAUAUGUGCUAGACUAAAGAUUAAACUAGAUGAUUACAAAUUACAACCAAUGGGAUCCUUUUCCACAAUAUCCAAAUUUAUACAAGAGACUCAAGAAUGGGAGAAUUACGAAGUCUACAGCAAUGAAAACUUUAGACUGGGAAAAAUCUUCCGUAAAGAAACUACUUUUGACAAAGCCAUGGUGUCUAUUCUAGCGAUAAUUCAACAAAUGGCGAUUUGGCUAUCGAGAUCAAAUGCGACUUCAGCAACAGAUGAUCAAUCUCCAAACAAAUCAGUUGAUGAUGGUAUUGAUCUACCAUAUUUAAUGCACAAGGACAAGAUAAAUGGUAAUUCUGUUAAAUUAUUUGGUGCCAAGCCGGGGAUUGAAUGGACAAUUGCAAUGAAAUUUUUACUAACUAAUGCGAAAUGGCUCCUGGCAUUCUCAUCCAGCCGUUUGGUGCAAUCUUCACCGGCUUGA